AUGAGGUCCCACAAUCAACGACUCUUCACCUCUACACUACCACCGUACACUUGUCCAUCCACUCCACAUCCACCACCUCUCCGCCGCCUCUUUGCCUCCAAAACAAUCCCCCUCUCACUCUGCUGCCACCUCAGCAUCCCAGAUUCUCCAUGCUCCCGUCAAGCUCAAACCACAAGACGCCGCCAGGUGUUGCUCACCCCUCUCCUGGCUCUUGGCGUUUCAAUCAUCCAAUCCGCAGCCUCCAAAGCCGAGGUAGCCAACAGAGAAUCGGACCCUCCGCCGCCUCCGCCUCUUCCGGUGGAGGCGGCGAAGAAUGCGGAGGAGGUGAUAAGCUCAAGGAUUUAUGAUGCUACGGUGAUUGGAGAGCCGAUGGCUCUGGGGAAGGAUAAAAGAAAAGCGUGGGAGAAGAUAAUGAAUGCUAGGAUUGUGUAUUUAGGAGAAGCAGAGCAAGUGCCUAUAAAAGAUGAUAAAGAAUUGGAGCUUGAGAUUGUUAAGAAUUUGCAAAAACGCUGCGUAGAGAGGGAGAAAUCAAUUUCUCUUGCCAUGGAAGCUUUCCCUUGUGACUUGCAGCCCCUUUUAAAUCGAUAUUUGGAUAAAAGGAUAGAUGGGGAGACAUUUAAGGGUUACAUGAUACAUUGGCCGCCGCAACGAUGGCAGGAGUAUGAACCUUUAUUGAUUUAUUGUCGUGAUAAUGGAAUUAGGAUUGUUGCUUGUGGUGUUCCAAUUAAGGUUUUAUGGACUGUGCAAGCUGAGGGUAUUCAUGGACUUUCCAAGGCUGAUCGUAAACUAUAUGCUCCUCCAGCUGGCUCGGGCUUCAUCUCAGGGUUCACAUCUAUCUCACGUAGAUCAAAUGAUACUAAAGCUCUGAAUCAAUCUGUUCCUUUUGGACCAAGCUCAUAUUUAUCUGCACAAGCGAGAGUAGUUGAGGAUUACUCUAUGUCUCAAAAUAUUUUACAAGCAGUUGUAGAUGUAGGAGCCAGCGGUCUGCUAGUAGUGGUGACAGGUGCAAGCCAUGUGAUGUAUGGAUCAAGAGGGACUGGGUUGCCAGCAAGAAUUUCAAAGAAGAUACAGAAGAAGAACCAAGUUGUUAUUUUACUUGAUCCUGAAAGACAGUUCAUAAGAAGAGAGGGAGAAGUUCCAGUCGGCGAUUUCUUGUGGUAUUCUGCUGCCAGACCCUGCAAUCGAAAUUGUUUUGAUCGUGCUGAAAUUGCUCGAGUGAUGAAUGCAGCUGGUAGGAGGCGGGAUGCUCUGCCUCAGGACCUUCAAAAAGGACUUGAUCUUGGUUUGGUAUCGCCAGACGUACUGCAGAAUUUCUUUGAUCUGGAGCAGUAUCCUAUUAUUAAGGAACUCACUCAUCGUUUCCAGGGUUUCAGGGAAAGGCUGUUGGCAGAUCCCAAAUUCUUGCAUAGAUUAGCUAUAGAAGAGGCAAUAUCAAUCACCACUACUCUCUUAGCACAGUAUGAGAAGAGAAAAGGAAAUUUCUUUGAAGAGCUUGACUAUGUGAUUACAGACACUGUCAGGGGAAUAGUGGUUGAUUUUUUUACCGUGUGGCUUCCUGCCCCAACUUUGUCAUUCCUUUCUUAUGCUGAUGACACAGCUGUCCCUGACAGCAUGGAUGCUUUAAAAGGUCUCCUUGGCUCCAUCCCGGAUAAUGCAUUUCAAAAGAAUCUUGCAGGGAAGGACUGGAAUAUCAGUCACAGAGUUGCGUCUGUCAUUGUUGGUGGUGUGAAACUUUCUAGUGUUGGAUUUAUUUCCAGCAUUGGGGCAGUUGCUGUCUCAAAUCUUUUGUUUGCGAUUCGCAAACUCAUUAAUCCGGCAUUGGUUACUAAUCAACGAACCAAAAGAUCACCAAUACUCAAAACAGCAGCUAUUUAUGGAUGCUUUCUUGGAACAUCAGCCAAUUUGCGGUACCAGAUAAUUGCUGGAAUUGUCGAGCAUCGGAUUUCUGAUGAAUUUUAUUCUCAAACACUUCUUGUAAAUAUGCUAUCAUUUAUUGUUCGGACAAUUAAUUCCUAUUGGGGAACCCAGCAAUGGAUCGACCUUGCACGCUUUUCAGGACUGCAAAGUCUAAAGAGUGAACCACUCUCUUAUCAGACACUGGAUUCUCCUAGUAAUGCUGCAAUUGGAUGCAAUACCUUGGAAGAUACUGAUAUUGAUGAAAUCAAAAAUCAAUGA